GUGAGUGUGUGACAUUUCCUUAUCGGAUAAGCUAAAUCCGCGUUUUGUCAUCGUCUGUCCGAGUCAGACUACAUUCAAAGCACGGCCUACCAUUUGCAUUCGAUUUGAUAACAGCGUCGACAUAAGUCAAACAAUCAUGCCUAUCAUCCAACCAGGAGGCCUGCAGUAUCUUACGUGUCAAUUUCUUUCAAUGAAGCAGCGUAUAAUUUAUUCUUUUGAACAAAUAUUACCACUAGGUCCUUAGCACGCUUGAGUGCUAAUCGGAAUGUCAAUGACGAGGUUGUCUGUACAGACGGGAAGGAUAGUUCUGCAGGCUGGUGUUAAUAUUACAUUCUUCCUUAUGUGGGUUAUCACUCAUAAGUCACACAAGAUGUUUUGAGAACCGUCUAGUUUUGCUAUUGCCAGUCCUGUUCCCCGUUUGUGUAGAUUUCUUAAGUCUAUUUAUAAGUUGCAUCUGCAGUCUUAAGUACCUUCUUGGCUGCUAUGGAAAGACACACACUUUACACUGACUUCCCUUAGUCCGCUAAAGGAUUCCUUAUAAAAUCGUGUAACAAGGGAAAGUGUCGACUUAGCCACCGACUGAUUGGACACACGUCGGCAGGAGGAUGGAUGAAACGAGCCAGUAUUCAACUUUGGAAAAAACUAACAAUAUCUAUGAAAUGUUAAAUUUGGUCAUCUGCUCAUUUCUAUUGUGAGCCACAUUUCUUGGAAAUGUUUCUGGUUAGGUACUUAGCGUAAGGGUUGAUGUCCAAAGAGCUGAAACUUUUUAAAAAGAGAUGCAUUUUGUGCUUUCGACUCUUGUGCUACUAUUGGAUAUUAUUGGAUUCUUUCAAUCAGACGGACGAGCAAUCAUGGUUGAGCCACCUCACAGAUCCAGCCUGUGGAGGUUCCGCUACCCUACCCAUGUCAACACCGAGGAUGAUCUACUUAACUGUGGCGGCUUUGAGGUUCAAUGGUUACAGAAUGGAGGUCGGUGCGGGGUGUGUGGGGAUCCGGCCUCUGGACCACAGCAGCACGACGAUCAUGGUCACUACGCCAGCGGUAUCACGGUUCGCUCCUACAAUCAAGGGGGUUCUGUUAACGUGACCGUGGAAGUGCUCAGUAAUCUUCUAGGAUAUUUUGAAUUCCGUCUUUGUCCUCGCAACAAUACCAGUUUCAAACUUACACAAGAGUGCUUCGAGCAGAACGUGCUAUGGAUUGAGGAGUCCUGGAGUACGCGGUUCUAUGUGGGCAGUCGUGGUGGUAUCUACGACCUCCACGUCAAGUUACCAUCUAACAUUGCCUGUACUCAUUGUGUGUUUCAGUGGAAAUAUAGUACAGGGUACAGAAUGGGAGGUAUCAAUCGGUGUGAAUGCAUGGGUUGUGGGAAACAGGAGCAGAUCUACAACUGUGCUGAUGUGACAAUAACUCCAAACCCAGCAACGGCCACAUCACAACCGUUUGGCUUCAUACCGGUUAAACCUAAUCCUACAUUCUUGUCCUCACCUGAAAACCAGUCCUACAUAUUCCGACAAAGACUACGGGAACAGCAGCCUGUCUUUCCCUGGCCUAACGGACUACUCAUUCCGCAUAACAUGAUGGAGCCAUCCUCCACGUCCAGAAGAUACGAGUCAUCCGAAAAUAGACACAAAGACAAUGUUGGCCAUGCGGGUGUAUUCGACAGAAUGUCGUUGAAUAGAUUAAACGCUAUAGAUAAUGUACCAUUGCCCGACAUAAAGGGUAUUGACUUAAGUCGAUUUCUCCCUGGCAUAUUGCCGUCAAUAAACUUAACUGCUACCUUUAAUCCAUUUCCUCGACCACGGAUAAAUUCGACCGAAUCAUCCCACAACCAUUUAAUCCAGUCCAACAUACAUCAUCACAUGAAAUCCAUGCCAUCUGUUGUGAACAAUUCAUCUAGACCCUCCCCAGUUAACCCAGUACUGGAUUUUAGGAAGUGGAAUUUUACAGAAUAUGCACCCAAGUCACCGGCUUCAGAAAGCAAAAUUAGUCCCACUCAACAGAAGAUCAACAACACUGGUUAUGCAUCCGGGGAUUCUAUACUUUAUCCCCUCUUUACAAAAAGUCCUUCACUUCCUAUGACAAAUAUAACAUGUGACGUUUUUUCGCCUAAUUUUAAAUGUAAAGGGACCGGGCAACACUCUAACACUCCUGAUAUUGAAAAUUGGUGUUUGGUGAACUGCCGAGCAGGAAAUUAUGUGAAGGAUAUAUGUUUGUGUGGCUGUGGAGUUCUCUAUGAGCUCCAGCGCCACCUGUGUCACGGUAUUGGAGUGUUCGCUAGUAUCCCAGGUAUGGAUAUGUGGUGCAGAACGGUAUGCGUCAAACAAAAAUGUCCUGCUAAUAUCUGUGAUGUCAAAACCUGUCUCACAUAGGUUGACAUUUAUCAAUUACUGUUUCCUCUUUGUAUAACCUUUAUGGUGAUUUUAAUUGUAAAAAUACUUUAUUUUUAAUUACUGUAUAUCCGGAGAUU